AGGAAAGGGAUAAAACAGGCACAUCCGAUCAUUAAUUUUGCCCUAGUCCUCUCCACCUUCUUCCCAAAUCCCGAUUCCCGAUCGCUUCCUUUCUCUUUCUCUCCCUUCUGCUAGGGUUUCCUCCGCUGAUUGAUCCCGGCGAACGAGUUCAAGGAGAUGUACAACGGCAUCGGGCUCCAGACCCCUAGGGGAUCUGGCACAAACGGCUAUAUUCAAACGAGUAAAUUCUUCAUCAAGUCCCGGCCUCCCGUCCGCCCGGACCCCGCAGCCUCCGGAUCCAAGCCGGAGGGUGCCGUCCGGAAGCCCAACAAAGACAUACUUGAGCACGACCGCAAGCGGCAGAUUCAGCUGAAGCUUUUAGUACUGCAAGAAACCCUAACCGAUCAAGGGUACACUGAGGCCGAGAUUGCUGAAAAACUCGAGGAGACGAAGAAGACACUUGAGGCCGAAUCCGCUGCUGCCGUUGCUGGCGAGGAUGGUGGAAGCAGUCGCGGUCGGAGGGAUCGCCCUCCCCUGCCGAACAAGAGUAGGUUUGCGGAUACUCAAUCUCAUCAUAUUGCUGCGCGAAAGGAGAAACAAAUGGAAACACUGAGGGCAGCUCUUGGCAUUAAGGAUGAGAAGAAAUCAUCUGAAGAUGAGCAGCAAGGGCAAAUAGUGCUGGAUGAGGAGGAAGACUUGGAGCCUGGAGAAUUUGUUGAUGAUAAAUCCGAACAAGAGAAAAGACAUAUGAUUUCUGAUGAGCAACAAGAUAAAAAUCAAGAUAGGAAGUCAAUGAAUAAAAUGGAGAAACAUAUGGGUGAAGCAAAAAAUGAAAGCAGGAAAUCUGGAAUUGAUAAGUCAAAGCACCAAGAAAAGCAUUCAUCCAAAGGAAAACAUGUUAGUUCUGACAGUGAAAGCAGCAAAAGUAUUGAUGAAAAGAAAAAGAAGCACAGAAGAAGUAAUCACCAUCACAAGAUUGAAAUGGCUGCUAUAGAGAGAAGGGAGAAGGAAAAACAUGAUUAUUCUGACUCAGAUAGUGAUUCUUCUGGUGACUUUGGUCGUCGGAGACAGCCAGCAAAUCACAAGAAGAAACUCGAGAGUCAUUCCAUAAAGUCAAAUUCUGAUUCACAUUCAGAAGAUGAACUGCACAAAAGGAAACCUGUUCAACGACGGACAGGAACACAGAGACAUGACCUAGAGGAUUCAGAUUCAGAAAAUCAUUUGGACCCAAAGAAGCAUAGAAGAGAUAGAGAAAGAGUUAACAUGCAUGCUUCUGCUGUUGAAAGCAUAAAGAAAGAAGCCUUGAGCAACAAGCAGCGUGAGAGAAAAAGUAAAAGACAUGACUCUGACUCAGAAGAUGAUAGUGAUAUCAAAAACAGCAGUAGGUUGGAGAAAGAGAAACUUGUAAAAUCUAGCAGACGGGACAGCAUAAGGGAAUCUGACUCUGAUAGUGAAAAGAAAAAACCCAUUGAUAGAAAAAGGCCUAUCACUAGAAGACAUGAUACUGAUGAUUCAGAUUCUGAGAGUGAUUAUGCCAGCACCAUCAAGAAGAGACUUGACAUGAAAAAGGGUUUUGAAGAUGUCUCUUAUUCUGAUAUCAAAGAGAAAAAUGAAACUAGGAAAUCUUCCACAGAUCGACAUGAUAAGCCUGGAAAGCUUUCUGAAAAAAGAGUAGAGAAUAUUAGCAGAAAGCGGCAGCACCAUGACUUAAGUGAUGAGAGAUUGGCGAAUGCUAAAGAUACUAUUAGAAGGCCAUCUUCUGCUUGCCAUGAUAACAGAAAAAGGCAACGUCGUGACACAGAUGAGAGUUAUGAAUCUGAUAGUAGCUUGGAAGUCACUGACAAAAGGGUAACAAAACAAAAAGUUUCAAAAAGAAAGCAAAGCUCAUUGUCUGAGGAUAGUGAAAGUCAGAUUUCUGAGUCCAGCAGUGAUUCAUAUUCAAGUGAUAGCAGUGAUGAUAGUAUGGAAAUAUCUCAUAAAGGAAAAUCUUACAAAGAUGAUGAUAGGAACAUGGAAAAAAGGAAUGCCAUGCAGCAGAAAUCUGCUGUAGAUGAAAAAAAAUUGCAGCACAGGCUUGACAUAAAGAGUAAAAGUGGGCAUGGUAGUGAUAGAUUUCAACCAAAGCAAGAAGGCAAGGAUUUUAGUGACUAUGGCAAGCAGGGUAUAAGAAGAGAAAGGAAAGGUGAAGCUGCAGAAGAAGGGAAUACUAUGCCUAGAAGUACUUACUUGGUAGAAGAUGAAAGGGAAAAAGACAGUGAAAGAAGGCUCUACAGAAACUAUGAAGAUAAAAGGAGGAAAGUGGACUCAAUUGUGAAGGAUAUUGAUAGCAAAGAUGCAAAAGAAGAUGCGAUUGAUCUUGGGCACCGGAGGUAUAGUGAAAAGGAGAGCUUUGCUGAUAUUAAAAGAGGGAAAAACCAAGAUAACCGACAGUACUCUCGAGAUGUAGAUCAACAUUACCACAAAGAAGAUUCCAGCAAGCGUCGCAUUGAGGGUCCAAGUCGGCAUCAUUAUGCUGAAGAUUCUAGCCGUGAUCAUCACACUGAAGAUUAUGGUCGGCGUCGUUACAUGGAAGAUUUUGGCCAGCAUGGUCGCACUGAAGAUUCUGGUAAACAUAACUACACUGAGGACUCUAGUCGGCGUGGAUCUGCUGAAGAAUCUGGCUGGGGCCACCACACUGAAAAUUCUGGCCGGCGUCACCAUGCUGAAGAUGUGGACCGACAUCACCACAGCAAAAAUAUUGGUUCUCGUCGCCAUUCUGAACAUAGAGACCGACGUCAUUACAAUGAAGAAGAACGGCGUCUUAGGCGAUGAUAACUUUGAAUGGAUGCAAAAAUAUGGCAAUCAUUUGGCUUCCAUGUUGAUCACGAUGCCAGUUUGCUUCCCAGCUUGAAUUGCUAAUUGCAUAGUUUGAAGAUUUCAAAUGGCAUCUACUGUCUUUUUGUUAAGCUGUUGUACGAAAACUCUCGUGGUAGUUUUACAUAAGGUGCUAUGCUAUCAUCAUGACAUUAUAAAGCCGCAGUACACCCUUCGUUUCUGAGACAAUAUCCAACAUCAACUGCAACUUAUGCUUCUGUUGCAAGUAUAUUUAAUUUCACUAGUGAGCUUGUUUGUAGACAAUUCUUCUGUUAGUUUGAUAAAUGUGAUGGUUAUGUUUGUAUAA